AUGACGUUACCGGACAUCCUCUGUGCACACUGCGUUCUCGUUCUUACUUGUUUUGGUCUACUCGUCAAGGCCCAUAGUUGGGUCGAGGAAAUCGCCAUUAUCAGCCCCGAUGGCAGUUUGAGCCAAGUGCGAGGAUAUGCUCGCCAGCAUGUGUUCCGUUUGCCGGGCGCAGACGUGGAUCGAGCAAUGACCUACCAAAUCCCCUCCAAUCCGAACUUGUUCGUCAAUGCUUCUGACAACAUCUGCAGCGAUCGCCAGAGCGCACCCGACCCUGUUACGGCUUUCCACGUGAGAGCUGGUGAUGCAAUCGUCCUUCGAUAUCAAGAAAAUGGCCACAUCACGUUGCCCGAGGUCAAUCCCGGAAAGCCAAAUUCAGGGUCUGUGUUUGUCUAUGGCACAUGGCAACCAAGUAGCUCAGAGAAGCUUCGAAGUGUGCACCAUGUCUGGCUUGCACCAAAUGUGACUGGCCAGCGCGGGUUCCUUAUUGGCACAGCAUUGUUCGACGAUGGCCGCUGCCAUCAAGUCAACAAUGGAACAAUAUCACGGCAGCGACAAGCGGCGUUUCCACAUCCACCCACGCCUCCAGAAGGUGUCAAUGUUUGGUGCGGCACAAAUAUCACCGUUCCAGGCAGACGUCGAUGCACCUCGACCGAUAAUCCAUCGUUGGACCUGCUCAGUGUGUACUGGGUCUGGGACUGGCCAGGAACAGCGGACAACGCAUCUUCGGAGCAAUAUUAUACAACCUGUCUGGAUCUCUGGGUGUCGAGUUCAGAAUGA